AUGGAGACCUACGAGGAAAACCCAUCUCAAAUCGACAGCUCACAUGUCAUGAGUGUUCUGAAGAGGAUCAAGAAAAGAAAAUUCCAGGCCGAGCAAUUGGGCUUGCCAAUACCAAAGCAUAAAUGCUGGGAACGAAUUUUUCCUUCUGAUGAACCUGUCUCCAUGUUUGAUCAAAAUCCGGAAGUAAAGAACAUGCAGACAUGUGCAACAAAGGGAAAAGUAGAGGGAGUGAUCCUGGAUGGUGGGUCUGAAUCUGAAUCAGGAAAAGGUAGCAACAGUUUUGCUGGAGAUUCUGAUUCUGCAACAUCGGUUUAUGUUGAAGCUAAACUAGAACCGGUGUAUGCAAGGGCAUGCCUAAAUGACAGGCCUUCCACUUCAUAUGCGAAUGAAGUGCAUCAGCCUACAUAUCCUGAUGGUGAGAUACAAGCAUUUGAGAAUUAUGACGAGCACCUCCAAGAAUUUGGAAACCAGGUGGAUUACAUUUUCUCAGAAUAUGGAGAUGACUGCAUUGAGCAGUGUAAAGACAACGAAUUUGAAGAUGUUAUAUACCCCAUUGGUUCGAACCCAAAUAAAUACAUACUUUCAUCUGGAAGAUGGAGUGUGAAUCAAGAUAAUUCAGACGUUCAAUCAGCUAGCAACAGGAAGCCAACCAUUGAUCAAGAAUUCGAGCAGUAUUUUUCCACGCUAAUGCUGUAG